GAUUAACUUUACCCGAAGUAUCUUUAUUUCUUGAUCAUCAAAUUUUCUUUUCUGGUCAAGCAUAUGUUGCAUUAAGCCAAUGCUCUAAUUGGUCAAAAGUGCAUAUUGCUUUAUUACAUCCUUCUGCCAUUUUUACAGAUGAAUCAAUGCUUAAAGAAUAUGAUCGAUUAGAACAAAAGGCCGCUAUUCCUUUACCAUUAUAA